AUGGCAAAGUGCCUGGUAAAGUUGUUGUCGAAUGAUGAUGAACCUAGAGAUACAACUGCCAAAGCAGGAGUGAAGACAGUUUUUGGAAGUCUCGGUCGCAAUGAUGAUGUCAAAUGCUUUUGUUGUGAUGGUGGCUUCAGGGGUUGGGAAUUUGGAGAUGAUUCAUGGGAAGAACAUGCCAAGUGGUUUCCAAGGUGCGAGUUCUUGAUACACAUGAAUGGGCAAGGGCUUGUUGAUGAGAUUGAAGGUCAAUAUCCUCAUCUUCUUGAAGAGCUAUUGUCAAUUUCAGAAACUCCUGGAGGUGAAAAUGCUGAUCCACCAAUUGUUCAUUUUGGAUCUGGAGAAAGUACUUUAGAAGAUGCAGUCAUGAUGAAUACACCUGUGGUGAAAUCUGUGUUGGAAAUGGGCUUUAGUAGAAGCCUGGUAAGACAGACAGUUCAGAGCAAAAUCCUAACUACUGGAGAGAACUACAAAACAGUCAAUGAUGUUGUAUCAGCUCUUCUGAAUGCUGAAGAUGAAAAAAGAGAAGAGGAAAAAGGAAGACAAGCUGAAGAAAUGGCUUCAGUGAAAGAACAUGCUGCAGCCAACAUCUUCAAAAAGUGUCUAAAAGAAAUCAAUUCUACAUUAUAUAAGGACUUAUUUGUGGAUAAGAAUAUGAAGUAUAUUCCAACAGAAGAUGUUUCAGGUCUGUCACUGGAAGAACAGUUGAGGAGGUUACAAGAAGAAAGAACUUGUAAAGUGUGUAUGGACAAAGAGGUUUCCAUUGUAUUUAUUCCUUGUGGUCAUCUGGCAGUGUGCCAGGAAUGUGCCCCUUCUCUAAGAAAAUGCCCCAUUGGCAGGGGUAUAAUCAAGGGUACUGUUCGUACAUUUCUCUAA